AUGAUUAUCCGAUUACGCUGCGGUCACACUAGUACCGGCCCAUAGAGACGGAAGAAAAAUUUUAUUUAACCGAUUUCAGCUAUAAACAGGCUAUUACUCGGAAAGCACAUAUAAAUUCCCGAAUAAAUCCGCAUUCGAAGUCCCAUAAAUAUUGACAGUCAGUCGGAUAGGACAGCUAAUCGCACCGCGACAAUGGCCAACAACAACUACGCCGGGUUUAACUACGGCGGCACCCAGUACAAUACGGGCCAAGUCUCGUACCCGGCGGUAACCAAUGCCACCUACGCGAAUGCGGCCGCCUAUCAGAAUGCCGCUGUGGCCGCCGGACAGGGUGGUUAUGGCGGAGCAGCAGGAGCGGGCGCUGGCGCCACCUCUGGCCCUGGGGCGGGGGGUUAUGGUGGCUACGGCGACUAUCGAAGUGCCAUGCAAUACGACGCCACCAAGACAUUCUAUCAGCAGUCGCCGGCCAGCUACAACGCCUCCGGUUCGACAGCCUCGGUCAGCAAGACGCACUACUCGGCUCCGCCAGUCAAGAAUCAGGUCAAGGGCAAGAUGGACAAGUCGAACGGUGGUCCCAAGCCCCCUAGUUCGGCUCCUCCGGCGGGCAACAAUUACAGUGGCUAUGAUACAGCACUCUACAAUGCGGCAAGCAUGUAUGUGGCCCAACAGCAUCAGGGCAAUCCAAACCAAAAACCAAAUGGCGGCGCCAAUAACUGGUAUCAGCGUAAGAUGGGAGCCACCAUACCAGGAGCAACGGCCAUAAGGGGUAUGCGUCCGAAGGCACCUCCACGUCCCCAGCAGCUGCACUACUGCGAAGUGUGCAAAAUCUCGUGCGCCGGGCCGCAGACUUAUCGCGAGCAUCUGGAGGGUCAGAAGCAUAAGAAACGCGAGGCUUCGCUGAAGAUGUCCGCUAGUGCCAACAGUGCUACACAAAAUCGUGGUAACAACUACCACUGCGAGCUGUGCGAUGUAACAUGCACUGGUACGGACGCAUAUGCCGCCCAUGUACGCGGAGCCAAGCAUCAGAAGGUGGUCAAGUUGCACCAGAAACUGGGCAAACCCAUUCCCUCGGAGGAGCCCAAAAAGAUGGGCAAGAUCAACUUUGUGCCCGCUGCUGCUGGCGGAGCUGGUGUUGCCAAGACCGAAGGUGGCGCGAACGAGAGCGAUGCAGCUGGAGAUCUCGAUGAUAAUCUGGACGAUUCGCUGGGCGAAAACACGGACAACAUUAAGCCAGUAGGCGGCGAGUAUAUUGAAGAGGUCAAGGACGAAGAGGGCAAGAUUUUGAGCUUUAAUUGCAAGCUGUGCGAUUGUAAGUUCAACGACCCGAAUGCCAAAGAGAUGCAUAUGAAGGGCCGUCGCCAUCGCUUGCAGUACAAGCGAAAGGUGCAGCCAGAUCUAGUUGUCGACUUCAAGCCCACUCCUCGCCAGCGCCGCCUGGCUGAGGCCCGUGCCAACCGGGCCAUGAUGUCCUCGCAUCGCGGCGGUGAUGAUCACGACGGCGGCUACUGGGAGGAGCAGCGCAACCGACAAUACAACGAAGAGUAUGACUACAACAACUGGAUGUCGCGCAGUUUCGGAGGUGCCCAGCGCUUUGGGCGCAUGGGCAAUGGACCGCCGCCGCACUUUGGCAUGAUGCCCGGCGGAAAUGUUCGUCGUCCGGAAAGCACCGAUGAUCGCCACGCCAUUGCCCGUCACGCCGAGAUCUAUCCGAAGGAGGAGGAGCUGCAGACCAUCCAGCGCAUCGUCUCGCACACCGAGAGGGCCCUAAAAUUGGUCUCCGAUGCCCUGGCCGAGCAGCCCAGCGAUGCCGGAGCGGCCAAUAAGAAGGACAAGGCUGAAAAGCCGUCGGAGAAAGACGGACGCGACAAUCAGAUCUUCUCGUUCCAAAAAGACGCCGACAAUGGUGGCAAUGUCGUGCGCAUCCUGAAGGGAGUGAUGCGAGUGGGCUACCUGGCCAAGGGGCUGCUGCUCCACGGCGACAACGCCGUCGAGCUGGUCGUCCUUUGCGCGGAGAAGCCGACUUCGGGUCUUUUGCAGCGUGUGGCCAAUGUGCUGCCCGACAAACUCAAGGAGGUGGCAGGUAAGUGAGGAGAUGUGGCAGCUGCCAUCGUAGAAAUUGCAUACCACUAUUCUUGAAUGACAUUUUGGUUGUCCUAAUGAGAGGAACAGAAUAGAACUUUUUCCAGAGAAAUGGCUUGAGUGAUAAAUGCGGCUGAAAAGCAUCACUGAAUCAUGAUCAAAACAAAAAGUACAUUAACACGUUCUUAGCUUGGCCAAUUUCACACUGACCUGCGCAGGUGAAUUUGGCCAAAUUGGAAGCGGCUCAAACUAAUCAACUAAAACUAAUGAACGAAAAUAAAUCGAUUUUCGGAGCGCUAAAUAUGCAAGAUGAACGAACGCAACUCACGAUACGUUCGCAUUCGCUAUUCAUUACGUACGUUCACGUUCGACGGGCAAUUUGUGUGGAAAAAGUCAGCAAAAUAAAUCAAAUUUAACUAUUUAAAAUUAUUGUACAUAGAAACUAGGACAACUAGAGUUGAGCCCUGUUGUUGCGGUGGAUAUAGAUUGCCACGCCCGCCAAACCGCGCCCAACGCCCCAGCCAACAUAGCAACUAAUUGCGAAUAAAAACGUAUUUGCCGUUUUCAGCUUCUCUCUCUGCAGGAUAAGUUUCGAGCCUCGAGCCUUGAGCCUUAGCCUAGAAGCUCUGUGAGCCUAGAGUCUUGAGUGUGUCGUUCAGUUAGCCAUCUGUAGCGGUAGCUCAGCCCUCCCAGGUUGCUCCUCUUCCCGCACGACUGCCGCUGCACUGCUCCGCUCCACUCCAAUCAAAUCACCAACAGCGGAUCGUCACGGUAACAAGCGCGGACUCGGUGCCACAAGUCCAGCCUCCUGCAGUCUGAUGUGGUGUGGUGUCCUUGAUGAAACAGUCAAAACCAAACUCUUUAACCAACUGAAAUUCGAACCAAAGGAAUAUAUUUAUACAAAGUUUGCGCGCCCUCGUUUCGAUUCCGGAUGAAACUUUGUGUAAAUAAAGUCCUUUGAUGGCCUGGCCAAGAAGUUGAACAACACAACAACACGCCAAGAAGCAAUGCGAUUGAUCCACACACGAGACGCAAUUGCCAUAUGCAAAUGCGAGUGCUUGGGCCAAAAUUGCAGCGCCGAUGUGCGUGCUGCCUGCCUCAUCUUUCACUCGAUACCAAGCAAAUAUAUCUAUACUCAGUAAUCUCGUAUACAUAUAUAUAUGUCCAAGCGGCCGAAUUGUGUGUAUCAAGCUUGAUUGUCCAAUAUAGAAAAUCUAUAUACAUAUAUUUAAAAAUGCAAACAAAAAUUGCGACCGAAAUUUGCGUUGCGCACCGCGAAUGGAGAGUACUGAAGACGAGAGACGUCUGGUCGAUCAACGUUUCCCGCAGCCAUAAAUUUCGUUCAAUAUUUUAAUGCAAACUAACCAACAAAAGAAAUCAAGUUAUUUCAAGUCGAAAUUCAGUAAAAUACAGUGAAGUGCGCGCUCUAAGUGGAAUUGCAACGGGUGGAUGACGCCGAGUCCGAGUCUCGAGCUUGCAAUUCCGUUUACGAGUCCCCAAACGGAGAUACCGAUCCCAGCACGCAAGUCGAACGAAUCUCCUGUUUGCUGGGAGCCGAGCGAAUACGAGGAUCGUGGGAAGAAACAAACAUUAUUCGUGCUUUUCAUACCGUGCAUCAAGUCCCCAUUUGAACAAUAUCAAUAUAUAUCUAUAUUCAAUUGUUGCUAAUCACUAUAUUACGAUGUAUACAUACGUGUAUUUUGCGGGCCCACACUGGAAUUUUGUUUCACCCACAAUGUUUGUCUCUUUUUCCAAGUCGAAUCUAGUAUUUCGAUGUAUUGAGCUUCCUGCGAAAACGUCUUUGUCACAUUUUCUCCAUUGCUCUCUUGAUUUCAGGCGACACUCAGGUCAAUUACCGCGUGGAGGUCAACGCCGAGGAAGCCGCCCUAAUUGUGCUGGAUGAGUCUGUCUCCGUUAAGAUUACCCUCACCUCGCCUUUGCUGCGCGAUGCCAAUCCCGGGGAAGCUGCCACCACUGAUGAAGGUGAGGGCGAUUCCGAAUUCCUGCCUCGUGAGCCCUGCCUACGUGCUUUGGCUGAUUUGCGUCACGCCAAAUGGUUCCAGGCUCGAGCGACAGGCCUCCAGUCGUGCGUCAUGGUCAUACGCAUCCUCAGGGAUCUGUGCCAGCGCGUCUCUUCCUGGCAAUCGCUGCCCCAAUGGUCUUUGGAGCUCCUCGUAGAGAAGGUCAUCUCGUCGGCUGGCUUUCCCAUUUCGCCCGGUGACUGCAUGCGUCGCAUCAUGGAGGCCUUAUCGUCAGGCUUUCUAAUCAACGGACCGGGCCUGCUGGAUCCUUGCGAGAAGGACCCCACAGACGCUCUACUCGAGUUGACCAAACAGGAGCGCGAGGAUCUCACUGUGUCCGCACAGCUCUUCCUGCGCUACAUUGCCUUUCGACAGAUUUACAAAGUGCUUGGCAUGGAGCCAUUGCCGGCGAUGAAGUUUCCAAUGCGUCCAUGGCGUGUCAACCGCAAGCGACGUAGGUCAUCGGGCAAGGCAGGUGGUGCACCCGGCACGGAGACCGAGUCCAAUGACAUCGAUGAGACCGGCUCCGAUGAGAAGGUGGCCAAGAAGGAGGGUGUCGGAGGCACUCCUGCCAGCACCUAAGCGGCGAGAAUAGGUUAUAUACACGUAGUCGGCUACUAAUAUUACAAUUUCUCUCAAGAUAAAAGCGCGACCAGGCGUCACUUAACUAUAACCAACUCUAAUCUAUACACGAGUAUUCAAACCGAUUGGGGCACAAGGAGCUAAGCAUGUCCAACAUGUUGCCCAAUCGGCGAUUAGUGAAUCCCAAAUUACCCCAACUUUAACUAACAAUAUUUAGUGGAUCAUAAAACUUGUAUUUUUCUAGCAUUAGUGCAAGGCAAGGCAAUGUAUUCAGUUUGAAUGUGAACAUUAUGGCCCUCACACUCAUAUACACAAAUACUAGAACGAAGCGGAUUUUAAUAAAACGUAUUGAACAAUUAU